AGAAAUUUCCUGUGUCGGUGCUGGGGUGCCAGAGUUUAGGACCCUGGGUCGGUGGGAUCCAAAGGAGCGGGGGCUCUCUCCUUCGGGCAGCUGGGCCUGCUGGGGUGCAGGACGGCCUGGGUGUGGCUUCCGCACCCAGAACCGUGAGUUCCUUCUCGGGGAGGCGGGAGGGAGCCGAGGGCCGCCGGCUGGACGACGGGCACUGCGCCCACCCGCACGGGGGCAGCCGCGGGGGUCCCGGCGCGGGAUCCAGCUUCCGCCAGCACCGUCCCCGCCGCGCCGUCGCCGGGUCCUGGGAGGAAAUCGUAGGCUGGGGGCGAUCGGUCUUGCUGGGACCCGACCCUCACUUCGCCGACCCCGACCUGAGCGCACCGGGGCCCUCCUUAGCCCAGGGAUCGGGCGGUGCGUUUUCUCGAAUCCCGUGCCCGGCCCCGCCCUAGCUAGUCACCCCUAUCCCGGGCCUUUAGCCGUGCACACCUCCCUGAGGAUGGUCUUGAUCCUGUCGUGUUUGCAACCGAAAUGAAACAGACUUCAAACAAACUCGUUCCCUUUUGCAAUAGUUUCGCUGAAGUCGUGCUUCUGGGGUCAUUGGAGUCCACAAAUGAGUCAUUUCUUAAUGCCUCAUUGCUGGAGAGUGCUUGGGGAAUGCCAGCUCGCUUUAGGAGAAGGUCUCAGGGAUUUCUGUAACAUGACUGAUCAUUGUGAUGGAGCAGGAGCAAAAACCCAUCGUCUCAAAUCCCAAUGCCUUCACUGACAGGAAGAAUUUGAAAAGCACUUUCACAGGAGGUGAACAUGAAAGUCACUUGGAAAUUAUUCAACACAAUAAUCCUAAGGCAGUUAAACUUAAAAAGGGAAUCUUGAGAUGGUCUAAGAAAGAUGGCCCACAAAAUUAUAAGCAAAAGGAUCUGAAGGGAAUGUCACUGACAUGCUCUCAAAGAGAUGAGAGUUGGUGUGGUGAUUCCUGUGAGAGUGAGGGCAUGUCUGAGAAUCAGGGGAAUUAUAGAGGAAAAGAGGAACAAAAGCCUCCUCACUGGGGAACAGACUUCAGCUCUCACAUCAAUGCCUCUGUCCAGGGGAAGUCAUCCUUUAGAGAUAAACCCUACAAAUGUUCUGAAUGUUGGAAGAGCUUCAAUAAUACUUCUCAUCUGCGUACUCACCAGUGGACCCACUCAGGAGAAAAACCAUACAAAUGUUCUGAGUGUGGGAAGUGCUUUAGCAGUAGCUCUCACCUAAUUCAGCAUCUAAGAAUACACACAGGUGAGAAACCCUACCAGUGUGGUGAAUGUGGGAAAAGCUUCAGCAAUACCUCUCAUCUUAUUAUCCAUAAACGAACUCACACUGGAGAGAAACCCUACAAGUGUCCCGAGUGUGGGAAGAGUUUUAGUAGCAGUUCUCACCUGAUCCAGCAUCACAGAUCACAUACUGGUGAGAAGCCAUAUGAGUGUCCUGUCUGUGGGAAGUGCUUCAGCCAUAGUUAUGUCCUCAUAGAACACCAGAGGACUCACACGGGAGAGAAACCUUACAAGUGUCCCGACUGCGGGAAAAGUUUUAGUCAGAGCUCUAGCCUGGUUCGCCACCAGAGGACUCAUACAGGGGAGAAGCCCUACAAAUGUCUUGAGUGUGGGAAAAACUUUGGUUGUAAUUCUACUCUAAUCAAGCAUCAGCGAAUACAUACAGGAGAAAAACUCUACCAGUGUACAGAAUGUGAGAAGAAUUUCAGUCGCAGCUCAAAUCUUACUAUACACCAGAAAACACACACAGGAGAAAAGUCCUACAAAAGUUUCAGAUAUGAAGGAAGCGUGAGUCACCACAAUGAUGUCACCGAAGUGUGCAAGAUCCAGCCAGGAGAGAAACCAUAUAAAUGCUGUGAAUGUGGGAAAAGUUUUGGCCUCAGCUCCCAUCUCAUUCGACAUCAGAGGACACACACAGGAGAGAAGCCUUACAGAUGCUCUGAGUGUUGGAAAACCUUCAGUCAGAGUUCCACCCUGGCGAUCCACCAAAGAACACACACAGGAGAGAAACCGUAUAAAUGCCCAGACUGUGGUGAGUGCUUUAGUCAAAGCUUUAACCUUAUCAGGCACCGGAGGACUCAUAUGGGAGAAAAGCCUUACAAGUGUGCAGACUGUGGAAAAUGCUUCAGUAGAAGCACCUACCUCAGUCAGCAUCAGAAAACUCACGUGAAGAGGUCUUUUGAGUGUCCUGAAGUUGAAGGAUUUUCUCAUGAAAGUACUUGGAAAAACUGUUCGAGGGAAAUGGCCUUUAUCUCUUCAUUGUCAAUCCCAAAUUUUUCUUCCUCUUGAAUCCCAAAGCUGGUUUUAUUGAUGUAGUUUCUUUGAAUUUUUCUUUGUUGUUGUUGUUUUUUGGGCCAUACCAGUGGUGUUCAGGGGUUACUCCAGGCUCUGCACUCACGUAUCAUUCCUGGUGGUUCUCAGGAGACCAUAGGGGAAUAAUCCAUUGAAGCUGGGUGGUUGCAUGUAAGGCCCUACCAUCUGUACUAUUCUUACUGGAUCAUUUCAGUUAAGGUAUUCUCUUGCCAUGGUGCUUACAAAGUAAUAGGAGUUUUGUGGGGUUUUUUUUUUGUUGUUGUUGUUGUUGUCUUUAUUUGUUUGAUUUGUUUGCCAAAAUAUCUGGAAAAAGUCAGGCUUUCAGUUUAUGGGAUGACAAGAUCCAGAUAAACAAGUCAUUAGAUCCUAAUAAGAGCUCCUACUAAGAAUGGAGAAGAAGAAGAAGAAAAAUUUUAAUUUUAGGUAAGAUUAUAAUGCAUAAAGACAAAGGAAAAACUAAAGUGGAAUCUUAGGAAUAAGGACACCUGAAAUCUUACAAGGAAUUUGCAAUUUUCUUUUUUUUUUCUAUUGUCUUAUAACAGCAAACCAUUUCUGAACUCAGGAAUUUUCCCAGAAAUUUAUUUUUAUAAGUAAUGCUAUUUCCUGGCUGCCUUGUAGGCAGGAGGAGAGUUCUUAAGGAAGAUACUUUUCUUUUUUAAAAAAUAUUUUUUAAAAUGCCUUUUUAGGGGGGCCAGAGCGAUAGCACAGCGGGUAGGGCAUUCGCCUUGCACGCAGCCGACCCAGGUUCAAUCCCCGGCAUUCCAUAUGGUCCCCCAAGCACUGCCAGGAGUAAUUCCUGAUCGCUGGGUGUGACCCAAAAAGCAAAAAAAAAAAAAAAUGCCUCUUUAGGGGCUGGUUAAGAAAAGGCUGGAGCAUGAGGUCCAAAUUUUAUCUCUGACACCACAUGCACCCCCAGCCUCCACCAGUCUUACGGGUUGGAGUCUUGUUAGCCCCUGAGCACCACCAGCUGUGACCCUGGUUGACCCCAGCACCACUGGGCCCAGUGGCUUUGCAUAUAGGAUCUGAGAUUUAACCUGUUCAGCCCAACCUGUCAAGUAUUUCUGGAAGAUUGCCCCACCCCACGCAAAAAAAGACUUUUGUAUUGACUGAAAAUUAAGUUUUAUAAGUAUCUAGAAUGUCACAAUUUAGAAUAAUGACAAGCAACCACAAGUGACUAUUUAAAUAUGUAUUAAGGGUGAAAUUUAAACUCCAGUAUUUUAGACAUACUUGCCAUUUGAGAUAUGCUCAGUAAACACACAUGACUGGUAUUGAUGUUUUGUUUUGUUUUGUUUGAGGCCACACCCGACCAUAUCAGGGCUUACUGACCACUCUGUGCUCAGGUAUCAUUCCUGGUAGGCUCAGGGAACCAUCGAGGGUACCAAGGAUGGAACCUGGCCAACCCGGGUUUGAACCCUGGCAUCCCAUAUGGUCCCCUGAGCACCGCCAGAAGUAAUUCCUGAAUGCAGAGUCAGGAGUAACUCCUGAGCAUUGCCGGUGUGACCCAAAAAGCCAAAAGGAGAAAAAAAAAGGAGUGAGAUGGCAUUUUGAAAGCACUGACUCUACAGAGACUUGUAAUGAUUGUAGAUUUUAUGUUCAACCAUCUCAAUAGGCUAGUGUUGGCUAUUAAUCAUAAGUGUUUUUAGGCUUCACCAGUGAAUUGCCCCUUUUCCUCCUACGAGAGAAGCUUAGAGUGCUCUUGUGAGCACCACUAAUCCCCUGAGUUAUCUUUAACCUUUUCUUUGUGUUUUACCUCUCAUUGUCACGAUUCCCCAAGUCAGUCUUGGUUGUUCAUAAGUCAAAACUUUCUGGUAGUUCUGGACUUUGUAUUUGUAGUAAAUUACCUGGUUUUAUAUUUCCCCACCGACCUUUUCAUAUUUUACUAUAGAGCAAUGUUGUUCUUUGUUUAAACACAGAAAGACCAUUAAUUCUGUGCUCCUAAUAUUUGGGAGUUGAUUGACUCUAAAAUAUGUCUACUCCUGGGCAUCCAUCAUAAUUACUUGACUCAGGCUUUGGUUGCCAUAAUUCCUAAAACCCCCAAAGGGAGGUCCCGUCAUAGAACUGCGAUGGACCCAGGGCAAGUGUCGAAGCUAUCCUGGCAUCGAAAUGAAAUAGUCUGGAAUGAAUACAUGGUCUUGAUGCAAGUUGUUAUGACUUCAGGCAUAGGACCCCCAUGGGGAAAGACAAGCUGAACUUGACUGAGGACUUAGUCUGGGAUUUAUGGUAAAAGUCUUGCUUGCCCUGAGACCAGAGAACUAUGAUUUGGAAUCUUUAUCUCUUACUGUCUUUAUCCAAACAACUGCAAGUAUUGAUAAGAAGUAAACUUAAUUGUUUAACAUAUACAACUAGAGGGAAAGAGAAAAGCAGUAUAGAUGUUCCUGGGAGACAGUGUCUCCUUGAGUUAAUCUCCCCAAGAGAAUCUCUGCUGAAAUGCCUUAUCUCUGUAAAUGGCCAAUCACCCCUAUUUGCAGGCAUAUACCUCAAACCUCUUCAGAAGUUCUUGAAGUAUACUGACAGCUCUGCAUUCAAUGGGCCAUUUUCACCAUCAUUCUGUGGCUUUUGUUCCUCUCUGGAGAGGCUGAGGGGCAGCUCUCAACCACUACCACACUUUGUGAACUCACAAGCCACUGCUUUGUCCCACUGCCUUGCCCAGAGCCAGAUUAGGUGGUAGAAGUCUUGAUCUCUGUUUUCAAUUUUUUAUCAAAUAUCCUGUUUCAGCUUUUUCAUUACCUACUUCCUAGUCAGAUUGGAAACUUGUUUUUGUUUUUGUUUUCUAAUAUGCCUAGUCUGAGUCUGAGCCAGUUCCCAAGGACAGCUUGCCGGUGGAGACCAACAUUCCUCAGUUCUGGCUGCCUCAGCUCUGGUUCAGUUAAGCAGAGAUACAUCCUCUGUGCAAAGAAAUGGUAAAAGGAACGUUUCAGUAUUUCUUAUUCCCCAUAUUUUUAUCCUGCUAGUCAGAAAGGUAAUUUAUAAGAAGGUCAAGACUUCUCAGUUGCCUGAGUUUUUACCUUGGAUUUUGGAUACUUUGUGGUAGAAAGAAUAUGUAGAUGUUCACAUUAAGAAUGAAUACCAGAGGGGCUGGAGCAAUAGCACAGUGGGUAGGGCGUUUGCCUUGCACGCAGCCGACCUGGAUUCGAUUCCCAGCAUCCCAUAUGGUCCCCCGAGCACUGCCAUGAGUAAUUCCUGAGUGCAUGAGCCAGGAGUAACCCCUGUGCAUUGCCGGAUGUAACCCCCCAAAAAAAAGGAAAAAAAAAAAAGAAUACCAGAAAGGGCUAGUUACAGAUACUACAAAGUAUGGAUGUUGCUGGGUACUGCUUUGCGGGAAAGGUUUUUUUUUUUCCUCUACAUGAUUGUAGUGUGUCUGAUACUGGUAAGGCAGUUGUUUCUGUUUGCCUUAUUAAAAGUGUUUUAAAAAGUAGAACAGGAGGGGCUGGAGUGAUAGCACAGCGGGUAGGGCAUUUGCCUUGCACGCGGCCAACCCGGGUUCGAGUCCCAGCAUCCCAUAUGGUCCCCUGAGCACUGCCAGGGGUAAUUCCUGAGUGCAGAGCCAGGAUUGACCCCUGUGCAUCAUUGGGUGUGACCCAAAAAGCAAAAAAGAAAAAAGUAGAACAGGGGCUGGAGUGAUAGCCUUGCACGCAGCCAACACGGGUUUGAUUCCCAGCAUCCCAUAUGGUCCCCUGAGCACUGCCAGGAGUAAUUCCUCAGUGCAUGAGCCAGGAGUAGCCCCUGUGCAUCGCCAAGUGUGACCAAAAAGCAAAAAAUAAAUUAAAAUUAUAAUAAUAAAUAAAAAUA